CGGGAUCAGCGUCACUCUCAUUCACACGUUAUUUUAUCAGACGUUUUACCUUUUUCUCUGGAUUAAAAGCUCGACCGGAGGAGUAAAUCUGCUGUGGAGUGAAGCGGAGAGUUCAUUGACACCUCGACACUUAUCAGAAGAGAUGACGGGGUCAAACGAGUACAAGUUGAACCAGGCUCCAGAGGACGGGGUGUCUGCGGUGAAGUUCAGCCCCAGUGCGGCUCAGUUCCUCCUGGUCUCCUCGUGGGACUGCUCCGUGCGGCUCUACGAUGUGACCGGGAACACCGUCCGGAUGAAGUACCAGCAUUCCGCCCCGGUCCUGGACUGUGCUUUUUAUGACCCCACACAUUCCUGGAGCGGAGGUUUAGACGCACAGUUAAAGAUGCACGACCUCAACACAGACCAAGACACGAUAGUUGGGAGCCACGACGCAGCGAUCCGCUGUGUGGAGUACUGCCCCGAGGUGAACGUCAUGGUAACCGGGAGCUGGGACCGAUCUGUGCGACUGUGGGACCCUCGAACGCCCUGCAACGCCGGAACAUUCACUCAGCCAGAGAAGGUGUACACGCUCUCAGUGGCGGGGGACAGGCUCAUCGUCGGUACGGCCGGGAGGAGGGUCCUGGUCUGGGACCUGAGGAACAUGGGAUACGUCCAACAGAGAAGAGAGUCCAGCCUCAAGUACCAGACCCGCUGCAUCAGGGCCUUCCCCAACAAGCAGGGCUACGUGCUGAGCUCCAUCGAGGGCCGGGUGGCGGUCGAGUAUCUGGACCCGAGUCUGGAGGUGCAGAAGAAGAAGUACGCCUUUAAAUGUCACAGACUGAAAGAGGAGGGCAUCGAAAACGUGUACCCCGUGAACGCCAUCUCCUUCCACAACACGCACAACACCUUCGCCACAGGCGGGUCGGACGGCUUCGUGAACAUCUGGGACCCGUUCAAUAAGAAGCGUCUGUGUCAGUUCCACCGUUACCCCACGAGCAUCGCGUCUCUGGCCUUUAACAACGACGGCACCCUGCUCGCCAUCGCCGCGUCCUACAUGUACGAGAAGGGAGACAUCAGCCACCCCGAGGACGCCAUCUUCAUCAGACAAGUGACCGACGCGGAGACCAAGCCUAAAUCCACCUGAGUCCUGUUGUAUCUGCUGGUAUCCAGUGCUCCACAGCGCCCCCUCUCUCCUCCCGACGUCUGAACAUGUAUUUGUGCGUUUCAUGUCUUUGUUUGUACUGUUCUUUUAAUAAAACGACUUAUACACUUUUU